AUGCCGCACUCGACGGACAUGGGGUCAAGAUCUUCCCCUGUCAGGGACGUCAAGGACGAGCCCAUGGACGACGACACGAUUGUCCCCGACGCCGACGAUGUGGACAUGGUCGAGCUUUCGCAGGAUGCGCCCUCGACUGCCGCCGAGUCCACAACCGAGAAGAACGACUUCAAGCUCGAAGAACUGUUUGAUAAUGACUCGGACGAAGAGUUUCCCAGCUCGGCACCCGUUGCCGUCCAGCCCAGUUCGCCGCCUACGGACGACACACCCAUGGACCUCACAUCUAUGAAGGCAUCCGAUCCGGAGGUGAUGCGUCUCUUCUACCAGCGUCUGUUCCCCUGGCGUUAUCUGUUCCAGUGGCUCAACCACAGCCCCACGCCUACAAACGAUUUUGGCAACCGCGAAUUUGCCUUUACCCUGCAAAACGAUGCCUACCUGCGAUAUCAAUCCUUUGCUACGGCCGAUCUACUCCGCAAAGACGUCCUCCGCCUGAUGCCGUCUCGUUUCGAAAUCGGCCCCGUCUACACAACCAACCCACGCGACCGCAAGACUCUGCGCAACAGCACGGCCUUUAAGCCUCUAGCCAAGGAGCUGUGCUUCGAUAUCGAUUUGACAGACUACGACGACAUUCGUACGUGCUGCGACAAGGCCAACAUCUGCAAUAAGUGCUGGCAGUUCAUGACCAUGGCCAUACGGGUUGUCGACGUGGCCCUACGCGAGGACUUUGGCUUCCGCCACAUCAUGUGGGUGUACUCUGGUCGCCGAGGUGUUCAUGCCUGGGUGUGCGACAAAAAGGUCCGCAGCAUGGAUGACCAGAAGAGGAGAGCCAUUGCCGGCUACCUCGAGGUCGUCAAGGGUGGUUCGCAGAGCGGUAAAAAGGUCAAUGUCAGGAGGCCACUACACCCUCACCUAGUACGGAGCUUGGAUAUCCUCAAGGACCACUUCCAGCACGACGUCCUCGAAGCACAGGACCCGUGGGCGACUGAGGAGCGCGCCACCAGACUCCUGCAGCUUCUCCCCGACCAGACGCUUAACGACUUCCUGCGACGCAAAUGGGACUCUGCGCCCGGCCGCGCCUCGACAUCCAAGUGGGCCGACAUUGACGCCUUGGCUAAGACGGGCGCCAGCAAGAAACUAGACGCCAAGGCCCUCCUCGAGGCCAAGCAGGACAUUGUCCUUGAGUACACGUACCCGCGGCUGGAUAUCGAAGUCAGCAAGAAGCUCAACCAUUUGCUCAAGAGCCCCUUUGUUGUGCACCCGGGCACAGGGCGCGUCUGUGUGCCCAUUGACCCCGCCAACGCCGACGACUUUGAUCCGCUGGCGGUGCCGACCGUCCAGGAUCUCCUGAGUGAGAUCGACUCCUACAAGGCUGCCGAUGCCGAGGCCGGUACCGACAAGCCCAAGGCUGUGGCGGACUGGGAGAAGACGAGCCUCAAACCUUAUAUCGACCAUUUCCGCCUGUUUAUCAGUGGCAUCAUGAAAGAGGAGAGGGCUGCCGGUGUCAAGCGAGAAAGAGAUGAUGACUCAAUGGACUUUUGA